GGCACGUUGAGACGCAGACAGGAUCCUUACACGGGAGUGGGGGCAGGGAAGUUAGAGAGAGAGAGAGAGAGACUCGAAAAGUGAUACUCGUGGGUGCCUUAUACUGAAAGAGACUCAGAAAGACCCAGAGGGAAGCAGAAAGAGGGAGAAGGAAGGAUAGAAGAGUUUGAAAACGCGGAGACAAAGGAUGGAAAGAUGAUACGGAAGGCGGCAGUGGGUGGUUAUAACCCAGGCCCGGUGCCGGAGCCGAGGAGGAGGCGGCGGCAGGACGGCGCAGGCCCGAGAAGUCUGCGGCUGAGCUGGGAGCAGGCUCCCCACCCCCUACCUGGGGGACACGCGCAGGCGCAGUGACCAUGGCUACCACAGGACGCCCCUGGAUGUGGACGGUCGGUGCCCUGAUCACAGUUCUGACUCUGAGGGUGACAGAGCCUGUUCUUGCAAAUGACUUUGUCUCCUGCAACAACUCCCCUGGCAUGGGGGCCUCGGGGAGCACCCAGGACUUUGGGGCUGAGGCCAGAGGGGACACCCAGAGGGACGACGGCGGCGGCGGCAGCAGCAGCAGCAGCAGCAGCAGCAGCAGCAACAGCAACCGCAUCGUCAACGGGACCGACUGCGAGCAGCACGCGCAGCCGUGGCAGGCCUCCCUGCUGCUGAGGCCCAGCCAGCUGUACUGCGGGGCCGUGCUGGUGCACCCGCAGUGGGUGCUCACCGCUGCCCACUGCCGGAAGAAAGCUGUCAGGAUCCGUCUUGGCCACCAUGCCACGUCACCCAUGUAUGAGCACGGGCAGCAGAUGCUUGGAGUGGCCAAAACCAUCCCCCACCCCGGCUACUCCCACCCCGCCCACUCCAAUGACCUCAUGCUCCUCAAACUGAACAGAAGGGUCCAAGAGACUCAGUAUGUCAAGCCCAUCAACAUCUCCUCCCACUGUCCACCUGCUGGGACCAGCUGCUUGGUGUCUGGCUGGGGAACAACCAGCAGUCCCCAGGUGAACUUCCCCAAGGUCCUCCAGUGCUUGAACAUCACCGUGCUAAGCCGAGAAAGAUGCAAGGAGUCCUACCCGGGACAGAUAAAUGACACCAUGUUCUGUGCCGGCGAUGAAGCAGGCAGAGACUCCUGCCAGGGUGAUUCCGGGGGUCCCGUGGUCUGCAACACAACCCUACAGGGCAUCGUGUCCUGGGGAGACUUCCCCUGUGGUCAGCCCAACAAACCUGGGGUCUACACCAACCUCUGCCAUUUCACCAAGUGGAUCCAGGACACCAUCAGAGCCAACUCAUGAGUCAUCCCAGCACCUGGCAUUCUGGGGCCUCCCACCCCCUGCAAGUCCUCACCCCUGCAGGGACCUGACACUCCUUCCAGAAACCCCCAUUCCUUCCCGAGGAUGUUGGGGAUGGUAAGCUCCAGUCCCUCGAGUUUCCAGGGUCUCCCUUUUCCCAACAGUGGACUGCUCCUAUCUCUCCAGUCAGAUCCUGGGAACAUUUCCCAGAAUGGCCAGAAAUAAAGCGUGCAAGGAGA